GCGCGGCGGGAGGCGGCCGGGCCGGCCGGGAGGAGGCACCAUGCAGGCGCGGCGCUUGGCCAAGCGCUCCAGCAUGGGCAGCCGGCGGCUGAGCGCGGCGGCCGCGCAGGUGGACGCGGUCCGGCCCCCCAAGCCCGAGAGCGCCUGGAGGCCGCCCCGGCGGGAGGGCUCCGCCGCGGCGCUGGAGGAGGAGGACGAAGACGAAGAUGUGGUGGUGGAGGUGGAGGAAGAAGAGGAGGAGGAGGAGGGCGGCCUGGGGAGCGCCCCCUCGGCGCUGACCGGCCACGGCAAGGGCCUCCUCCGGGGCAGCCUCAAGGCAGCCAACAUCAAGCGUGAAAUGACCUUCCCUGCAUUUCAACAGGAGGAUGUAAAAAGUGACAUCAGUCAAAAACUGCCAGACCAACAGUUUCUCCUGUUUACCACAAAGGAGGAAGAUUUAAAAACAGCAGAGACCAAAAAACUAAAUAGAGCUCAUGAGUAUGAAAAGGAAAACACUCGUUCUGUUUGUCUUCUGGAACAGAAGCGCAAGGUUGUUUCUUCAAAUAUUGAUGUGCCUCCAGCAAGAAAGUCUUCAGAAGAACUGGACAUGGAUAAAGUAACAGCAGCCAUGGUACUCACCAGUUUAUCCACCAGCCCUUUGGUCCGCAGCCCUCCUGUCCGACCCAAUGAAUCCCUGAAUGGAUCUUGGAAAGAAGGAGGAUUUGUGCCUUCUAGUACCAGCAGCAGUGGAUACUGGAGCUGGAAUGCUCCCAGUGACCAGUCCAACCCAUCCACCCCAUCUCCACCUCUGUCAGCUGAUAGCUUCAAAACUUUUCGGACACCUUCCCAGCCAGAUGAUGGUAUUGAUGAAGGUGAAACAAGCAACCUGCUCUUCGAUGAACCCAUUCCUAGGAAGAGAAAGAACUCCAUGAAGGUGAUGUUCAAAUGCCUGUGGAAAAACUGUGGGAAGGUACUGAGCACAGCUGCAGGGAUUCAGAAACACAUACGGACCAUUCACCUUGGACGUAUAGGAGAGUCUGACUACAGUGAUGGAGAGGAGGAUUUUUACUAUACAGAAAUCAGGCUCAACACGGACUCAGUAGCUGAUGGCUUAAGCAGUCUUUCCCCAGUCUCUCCAUCUUUAGCAUCUCCUCCUUCCUUUCCCACCCAAGAUGCAAUCCGUCCUGAAACUUCCUGUGCCAAAACUGAGACUAAAUUGAUGACACCUCUGAGCCGCUCAGCUCCUACCAACCUCUACCUCGUACACACGGACCAUGCUUACCAGGCCACUCCUCCGGUGAACAUUCCAGGGUCAGCAAAAUUCACUCCCAAUGGCAGUAGCUUUAGCAUCUCUUGGCAGUCACCUCCAGUUACCUUCACCGGCAUUCCAGUAUCACCAACCCAUAAUCGUCCUGCAGGGAGUGGAGAGCAGAAACAGUCCCAUACAGUUCUUUCGUCACCGCCUAGAGUAGCAUUUGGCUUGAGGAAGCCUAGAGGGGAGGGGAAAAAGUGUCGGAAGGUCUAUGGGAUGGAGAACAGAGAUAUGUGGUGUACUGCCUGCCGAUGGAAGAAGGCCUGCCAAAGGUUCAUCGACUAACAAUUGAAAUUAUGCAGAGGAUUUGGGGAUGGGGGAGGACAACAGCAGAACCAGAUUGCUGCAACUGCACUGUAUCACUUCCCAUUUUCCCCUCCAGUGAUGUGGUGUUGGGGGCUUUGGGUUUUUGGGAUGUUUUUUGUUGUUUUGUUUUUUUUUAAAGAGCUUUGUAUUUCAAAGUGAAGCACUUGUAGCCAAGGAGAAGCACUAAUUAAAACCUGUGUGGAGCAAUAGCGCAAAAAAAAAAAGCAAAACCAAGAACAUACAACAAAAUUCUGUCUUAGUAAGCAUGGAAACCAGAGCAGCUAUUAGUGUUUUUCUGUAAAAGAAAGGAAAAAGUUAAUUAUUUUGCUAACUCCGUGAGCUACUUGCUCCUUAGGAUAAUUUUUAACCAUUUCAGUCUCUGUGCUGUGAACAUCUGUAUCUGCUAAACUGAUCAAGUUUUCUGUUCCUGAAACGAAGAUAUCUUUUUGAAAGCUUUCUAAUAAACACUUCAGAGUCGUAUAAGCUACAGUUUUCUCAACAAAAGCUGUACUGAGACUGGAUACUGCUAAAUAAUUCUCCUGAUAUGAAUGAUCAUUAAUAUAUUUUUGGAAAGGGGAUGUGGGGAGGAGUUGGGAUUUUCGUUUGUUUGUUUUGUUUGUUUGCUUAUAGGGGAAAAUCAAAAUCUGAAUUUGCAAGAAGGACAAGCAGUGCUCCUGGAAGAUUUUUAAACCAGCCACAGACCAGUGGAGUGGAACAAAGUAAUUUAAGUACCAAAUUGGAUUUUGACCCUCUAGAGGAAGAAAAGCAGCAGUGUAAAGUCACCAGCAGAUAUUGUCACGAGAAGUUGAGAGAAGAAAGCCAGUGAUGCUUGAUUGAAACCCAUAAGAAUAUAUUGGCAGUCCAGUAGCUUUUCUUACCACUCUCCCCUUUCUGAGAGAGUAUGAACAGUAGGACCAGCACGGCUGUUGCUGCAGGAGGCCUAUGAAGAACUGGUACUUGCAGCCACUAUGAUUAUUUGUAAUAUCUAUUCAGGGACAUGAUCCAGCCCAGCAGUUCUGCUUUUGCUUCCUUUUCUCUUAUUUGAGAGAUUUUUUUUUAGAUAAUGGUUUGCUCAGCUUUUUUUUUUUUUCUGUUAAAGCUACUAAGAUUUAUUUGAUGCAAAAAAUUGGUAAAGAAAAUACCCCCUUUCCACAACAUCAUCUCAGAAAAAGAAGUACAACAGCAAAGGAGCAACGUUAUUUAUGGUAAAAAUCAAUUUCUUAAAUCAUUUUGUUAUACAAAUGAAAAAGUUUCUCUGCUUGCAGUACUUUGAUAGAUUUGGGUCAUUUACUUUCUCUGUCCAUUAGGAAGUACGCACCAGAGUGCGGCAAGCUGAUGUUCUGUCUCAAGUUGUAUCAAAUUACUGUUAAUUAAUGAUUAUUUCAGAGCAAAAAUAAAGUAAGGAUUUACUAGGAAAUGAAUGUAUAUGGUUAAAUAAUACUUGCCUAUAAAAGAAAACAAGACAUCUUAAAAAAAUCAAAGACACAGAAGCAAAACUUUGCCUAUUAAUUGCAGCAUGAAGGGCUGCAAAUGCCUGGGUUAUUUUUUUUCUUUCGUAGUAUUCUAACCAAUUAAAAUUAGACCAAAUCUUUUUCUUCUUUUUUUUUUUUUUUAAAUUGUCUGAGCUGGCUUGUUCUCAGUGAAAUAAGGGAACUUUUAAAUAUCUGAACAACUUUCUGAAAUCUGGUCCAAAGUUCAGUUGAUAGCUUUAUUAAGUGUGCAGUGCUGCUUGUGCCUGUGUAAAAGCACAGAAUAACAAUGCAGUUGUUUGGAAUAUACACUAUGGAUUCAGUAAGGUAGCAUGGAAAAGAAAAAUCUAUAAUAGGAGAUACUGAAGGUUAUCAUCUGAUUUUCUGUGAACAAGUUAAUUGGGCAAUCAGGUGCCUAAUUUGAGCAUGCUAUUUCUGCAGUUAUUUACAAUUGUGUAAUUUACAUGCACAAGUGGCAAGAUAUGCUUGCAUGCAUGCAAUUACUUGAUUUUUUGCCCAAUUGUGUUCUCUAAGUCAUUAAGAAAAAAGAAAAAUAGACUCUGAAAGCUAGUAAGACCCUAAAAUAUAUACACAUAUAUGUGUGUAUGAGUAUUUUUGUAUGUGUGUGUAUACAUAUAUGUAAAACUAUAUAUUAUAUAGUUUUAUAUGUGUAUAUAAAAUCUGGAAUCAACAGGGAGGAGAAAGAUUGUUUUCUUUACAAAUAGAAAAAACCAAGACACUAAGGGUCAGUGGAUAUACAUAACCACUGUAUUAUCUUCUUUCCUCUUAGCAAAAUGUGGGUCGUGGGUUUUCUUUAGAUGUUGUAUUUUUUCAAUUUCCAUAGUAAAAUACCUCAUAGUAAUUCAUAGACAUUUCAUAUUCAAACACAGGGCUUGCUGGUGGUGUACUUACUUUGAUAGAACUUAAAAUAUUUGGGAUUUUUCCAAGAUACUCCUGCCAAUUUGCCCCCCCCUCCCAUUUUUACAAGCACUCCAAGACUAUAAAGCAUUCCAUGAUUAAUUUGACUGUUGUCAGACUAACAGUAUUUGCCUAUAUAUUUGUUGUUCCCCUCCUUUUUGCUUUGGAGGAUUUUUUUUAAAAUAAUGUGUCAGAUUGUAUAUUGUUUCUAUAAUGUCAUGGCAUUGUGAGCACCUUUCCCAAGGGCACUUUAUGAAUUGUUGUAAUAAGAUUAUUCUUUAUGAAUUUCUGCACAGAAGAAUGGUUUUGUCGCCAGACCAGAUUGCCCUCUGGUACAAAGUGGAUAUGGAUUAUGUAAAGGACAAAAGCCACAAACCAUCAAAACAGGAGAGAAAAUUGGUGUCAGCAAGGCAGAGGGCAGAAAGGUACUUGAUAAAUCCUGCCAGGACAAAACUAAGUUACCAGUAUUUUUACACGAUCUUUAAUCAGCGGUUUAUAUUAAAUCAGUUUUGGAUCUUAUGGCUGUGGCAUUUUGAUUCAUAAGUAGGCACUUCUGGAGUUACCACGUCUCACCCAAGGCCACAGUAGCAGGACAGCACGGCUGUCUGGGCCUGCACCAGUGGCUUUGUGUUUUGAGCUCCGAUCACUUCAUGUCACAUGAGCACUUCAGUGCCCACCGAAAUCCCUUCAUGAUCCUGACACACCUAGGAAGGACAGAAAUGUCAGCAAAGCCUUUCCUCUGCUGGCAGUACUGAGCAUAAUCUGGAGUAACCUCUUCCAUUUUUCAGUCUCUUGCUUCUGUGUUGCUUUGAGCUGCAUUGCUGUCCUCCUGACACCUGAUUUAUCUCGCACAUCUGCACUGACCUCUCCAAAACAGUCUGAUUUCUUUGUUUUCCCAAGGAAGAGCUAGCCUGAAUGCUGUGGUCAUUUAUUGUCAUCAGUACAUGCCAAUUCCUCUAUUUUCUGUUUCUCUGUGGGAGGUAGCUCAUUGUCUCUGACCUCCCAGGGAAGUCAGAAGGAAUGGCCUGAGCACAUCGCGCAGUCUCUGUGUGCUGCAGGGAUUUGGAUGUGGGUUCAUAUAUGUUGAGAGCCAGAACUUGAUAUAAAAAUGUUAAGAUCUGUUUUAUUGUUACUAUUAUUAUGUAUUUAGCCACUUCUUGAUACUGGUAACAGAAAUUGCCAACAUCAGUAUCAGAGUGGAGAUCAACUGUAUUAAUCCCGAAUAUUUUUCUUUAGCAGUUUCCUUAUUAGAACAAAGCUAUUUCCCACUUCCCCAUUCCCCCAUCCCCUGAAAGAUCUGUAAAAUGAGAUCAUUUUAGAAGUGGAAAAUUUUAAUAGCAAUUUUAAUAUGGGACUGUGCUCCAACUGCUCCUGUAUGAAACUGUUGGACUUUAAAACUCAGAUCAUCUUAAGUCAUAAAACGGUUUCCACACAGAACAAUGUGCCUGAUUCUCUAGUGCCUUGCACAAAUGUAACAGGAUAUACAAGAUGCAAAAGUGAGUAAUAACUCUUCUGUUCCAAUCUGCAAGUUUUCACUUACUUUUAACCAAUACCAGUCAUCACCUAGCAUGUACCUGUUGGCGUUAGCCAUGCUUGUGCUAAUAAGCUGAGCAGAAUGCCUGUGUGUCCAAUUACUUUUUCCAAAUCCCUUAGCCUUGUAUCAGCGUUAGCUAUCUAAUUAUCUACAAGUUCCUUGCAGCUGUUCACUUUUGCUGACAUCACUGUCUUCAUUCCUUCCCCCUUUUUUCUUUUUUACAAUAAUGACUAGAUAAGCAACACAACAGGAGGUAAAGCUUUAGCCAAAAGCUGUUGCAGAACCUGCAUGUUGGAACAGAUUCCAGCUGCGUGCAGUGUCCCAGAUGUUCUUGUCCCUGACUUUAUUGUUCUGACCCAGUGAGUCAGGAUGUUUUUCUAUUGGUUGCUGUGGCCUGGGACCCCCUAAAGCAGCCCUACUGAGAAUCCAGGACAAUCGCUGUGAAUGUGGCAAUACAGAGUGAUUUAUUUCUUCCCCUGCCUGUAAAUAUGUUAGAACACCGUGUCAGAAACAGGACAUGAAAUUAGGAGCUUGCUAGCCAUCUGCAGAGACAUAGGUGGUUGCCAGUGAGGCUUCUUUUUGUUGGGUCAAACUAUAGGCACCUGCUGGAGAAAGUUGUGCUGCACCUUUUUUUAGAAACACUUUGAUAUGAAAACAUUUGUCAAGUCUCAUCUUCGUCUUAUAUUUUAUUCAAUCUUCCUGUAAGAUGGUAGCACUGGAACUGAAACCAGUGUGGAGUAUGGGAUUUAACCUGCAUUUGUCGGGAUUUUUCUGGUAGAUAACUGGACAGUUGUAAAGCAUUGUAGUGUAGAUUUUGUUCUAGUAUAACAGCAGAGUUUUAUGGCACCUUUAGAAAAUAGCUAGAAAGUAAGUCAUACGUAAAAAUCAACCAAGCUGAGGGUUUAAAUACGUUCUGUAUCUGCUAGACAUGAGCAGCCCUUGUCUACAUCCCUGUGGAGCUUGAAAAGCUUCAAGCUUGCAAAACAGCCAGUGUACACCUGUUGUUGGUAGUGCCACCUGAGCUGCCUUUUCCAUCUUGCACUACAGUGGUUUUGCAUCAACCGUGCUGUCACUUCUGUCAAAUGUGGGAUUUAAGGAGUGUACAUCUUCCACUUGCAACUUUUUGAGUUUAUUCAUCAAUACAAAAAGCAGUCAUCAUGAUUUCUGUGCUUCACACAGACCAUUUGUAAUAGCAAUCCAGAAAGACCCUGAGAACAGAAAUCAGCCUGUUUCUGAUGGCACCAGGCAGAAGAAAAUACAGGUUGCUCUGAUGCUCGCUCCUGCUCACAGGUACAAUUCAUUCAGCUGAUGAAAUGGAAAGGACUAGAUAAAUUGACAAGCCAGUGUUCUGCUGGUUUUUUUAACACAUCUUAACACCAGGAAUGAUUCUCCUUACAUGUUCGGAUCUGAAUGUGAGGUCUCUAAUAUACCCUUGAGGGAAAUAAAUUUAGCAAUAGAAAUACUGUUUCAGCUUUCCUGCUAUUUGGGCACAUACACAACAUUGUACUCAUGAGGUGAUGUUUCAAAAUUAAAUCCAAAUUCUUUAUGUGAUUCAAUGCUAAAGAUGGACUUGAACAUUAAAAAAUGUUUGAAUAUUAGUAUUUACUGUUUGCUAAUUCUCUUAAAGAAUUCAGGUUUGAUUUUGAAGUCCUUAUCUUUGUAUGCGAUACCGUGCAGCAAUUAGUAUAUGAUGUUUAAUGUCCAGAUAAACAGAAAUUACUAAAAUGUUUGUAGAAAGCUGCCAUGGGAAGACAGGGAAAUAAGAGAUAGUUAAUACAAAUUUCCUCAGGGAACAUGAGAGGGCUGUGAAGGCAGGACGUGGGUUUAUUUGAAUGGAAGAUUGCUAGGAAAUUGAAUUUUUUUCUAUUUUAGGCAAAAUUAAAAGAGCAAUAUAUCAGUACUUGAAUUAUUAAAAUGAGAAUGAAGCACUAAUUGAUGAACUUGAUCCUACUUAACGUUGUAGCUUAUAAAAAUAUAGAAAGUGAGCUUGAACCAUAACCUAAUAAAAAUGUAAAUCUAUACAUUUGUGUAAAUCUUUUCAGGAUCUUCUGUAAAUAUAAAAACGUCUUGUUUAUAUAGUUGCUUGGUCAAAGCAUGCUUUGUCUGUAAUUGGAUUACUUCUUACCAAAUGACUUCGGCAAGCAAAAAAGCAUUAUGUCAGCACGAUAUCCUGGAGAGUUGUGUAGUGCACUUUGAAAAGGGCUAAUUAAAAUUUAAAAAUAUUGAAAUAAUAAUUUAAUUAUUUAAAAUUAAAAAGAAAACAUGCCACCACAUUUUUUUUCUUAUCUGCAAAGGUAUCAGCUUCUGUAAACCCAGGGUUUUAUCAAACUGUGUUAACUAGAAUUUUGAAAUUCUUCAAAUUUUGAAGAUUCUCAAUUUUGCUUUAUUUUUACACAGAAAAAUAAUUUUUGAUCCAUAGUCGUUUUUUCCUAUCAACUUUUUCCCGUGUCCAGAGAUCCAUGCUGCAAAUUCCAAAUGUGUAUACUGAAGUGAACAAAAAUCAGGAUCUUCAGUAUUAGAACCUAAAAAUGUAAAUAGCACUUACAUGGUAUCCAAAUUCUUAGUAUCAGUAUUUAACUGUAGUAACUAAUUCUUACAGUGAUGCCAGCAAAUCUUUCGGGGAAGGGGAGCACGUAAUCUGUAAAUUAGGAAGUAUGGCUGUGCAGAGGUAGAACUACUGGUAUUCCGAGAAUGAAGUGUCGGCUCAGGUUCAUCAGAGCACUCACAUAUGUGUUACCUCAACUUGCGGAGUUUGCUGAUGAGACUCUCCGUGUUUCUAAAGUUUGGCACACAUUUUUAUGCUCCUGUGAAAUCAGUCCUUAGCAAGAGCAGAUACUCUUUUAGCUUUGUUUGAAAUAUGCACUUUGUGAGACAAUCUAUCUUUUCCUGGUUUUAUGCAAUUUACGUUGUAUUUAGAAGACCAGACAAAUUUAGAGAAUUCUUUUUUUUAAAUAUUAUUUUUUGCAUUGCAAAAGGGAAAGUGAGAAAGAAGAGUAGUUCAGCUGCACAUUUCAGCAUGUGAAAGCACUGCUUAGGUUUGUAAAAGCCGUGUAUUUGCCAUCAAGCUCAAAGGAACUCAUUUGAGCACAAGCAGGUCACAUUAUAUAAAUUUAUAUCGUUCCAUCUGUACUCCGUGUACACUCAGCACUCUUCCAGGGAACUGGAGGCAUAGGAGCUCUGAGUAUGCAAGGAAAUAAAUGAAUUUACCUAAACACUUUAGGAAUACUGUGCUUUUAAACCACAAAUUAUGUUGUCUAUACGUAAUUUUUAGUAUUAAGAGAAAAUAGACAGUAGCCUUAUUAACCAGGUGCAAUACUUACAAAGGGCUAAAUUAUGGAAACAAGUGGUGUGUGUUUGUACAUCACUGAAAAAUGUGCACUCUCUGAAAACUGACUUUUAUAGCACUGGGAUCUUAUUACCUCUCUGAAAUUAUAAUGUUGGUGUAAUUUUAUAACCAUUUAUUAUACAUUAUGAAACAGGAUUUGGGAUUUCCUAAGAACCAAAAGGAGGAGAGGGGAAAUUGUAAAUCACAUAGACUAGUGGUAUGUUGUUUUACAUGGCAGAAGUAACCUAAAACACCUUUACAAAGCCAUACAAGUUCUGGAUUAUGGAAAUAAAAAAUCUCUUGCCCUUGGUUACAGACAUAGUUUAGUCUGAAAUUUCCCAUGGUGACAUGAAAAUGCUUACUUCAAUGUUCAUGUUUGCUUUGUCUCUUGCAUUUUCUUACUGGAUUUUAUUUGUAUUCUGAUCAUGAAAACAUUCCAAAUUAGCAGUAUUUGGCUUAAAAUUGUAUUCUUUUGAAAAUAACUUUUAAAAUGGAGAGGGUUCUUCAUUCACUUCAUUCACUGUACAGUCUGAAUGAGAUCACACAACAUGAUCUGCUCUGACUUAAGUGGAGAGUUCAUACAAGCAGAAGAUUAUGGGAAAAGAUUAUGUUGAGGAUUAAUUGUUCAGUCAUAAAAAAAUUUGAACAGUCAGACUAAAAGUUCCACUCACAUAUUUCUUCCCUCCAUCUGCACUGGGGGGUCAAUGGAGUAGGGCUGCCAAGUACAGUGUAUCUGGCUAUCCUACUCCUGGAGGGGUGUGUUGGUGGUUUUUUUUUUUCUUCUGUUAGAUAAUGACACACACGUCAUCUUCUUAUCCCUCUUUCUUUUUUUUUGUCUUGUGCUCAGAGUCCAGAAUUAACUGAAAGCCAGAAAUAAUCAGAUUUGUUGAACAGAAGGCUCUUUGGUUGUUUCCCUGUUUGACUUCUAGCAAAGGCGCCGAGGGACAAACUCGAACUUUGAGACAACUUAGUCAAAAGAGGCUUGAGCCAGUCAGGCAAGACCUGAAACAAAAUUGCUCAGAAUUGAAUCCCAGUAGGAGGAAAAUCGUCUUAAGUCAGUUACAGAAGUUCUGUGGUUUGAUUUUUGUGGUGUUGGUUGGUUGUUUUUUUUUUUAAUUACAAGCCUGAUAAGAAGUCUUGUUACACAAUUAAGAGCAGAAUGCAGAUCACAUUGUACUCCAAACAGUACAGAUUUUCUCAAGAGAGUUGCAGUUGUUCCCGUGCUUUGACAAGGAGUGCUCACACGGGUAAUGGUUGUAGAGCAAAGGCAUGUGCGUUUUCUUCUCUGUGACUUUCCACUGGAAUUGGGAGUGUGAAAUUGUGACUCUCCCUUUCUGAGUGCCUGAGGAUUUUGCUGUUGAGCUUUGUGAGAGGGGUGGAUACGUACCUCGGCACCUUUGCACAGCUGUUGGAAGAGUUUCUGGUAAUACCAAAGUGGCAGUACUUUGGAUGUGUCACUUAGUGACAGAUUUAAGAGCUGUUAAGCAAGUGGUAUUCAGUCUGUAAUCCAUCCUACUGAUGGAUACUGAUACCAGGCCCAGGGAGAAGGAGGUCUCUCAGGAUGGGACCCAGGAUAGCCAAGCUUCUGUGAAGGGAGUCACCACCAUAGUCCAUGUGCUGUUGGCUGGAGCAAGUGCUGUCUUUGUUGUGUCCAUCUUGAGGGAGGUUGGUUAUCCUCACACAUUCAUGGCAUGUUCAGAGGACGGAACAGUCUUUUGAAGAAUAUUCUUGUUUUCAAAGAUUAAAAUAAAACUGUGAGUGAACUUUUAUGUUGAAGUCACUGAAUAAAUUACAGUAUUGUCAAUGUUGAAAUCAGAAGGGGUUGUUUUGCUCCUUCCAGAGCCAUGCUGCAACUCCCGUGGGGGCUCUAACAGAGCCCUGUAACCUUAACCAAGUCUUUUUCCCAAAGAUUUGCUGGAACCCAGCACUGAGCCCUAAACUGAGGCCAAUGUGAGUUUGACCCCCAUGUAAAGGAGGCUCUUUCCAACUCUUUCACAACUCUUAUCCUUUCUAAGUUAGUGUUUUAUUAGUAGACCUUUAUAAAGGGGGCAUUGCCUCAUCGCUGUUCCAGGGGCAUUUCUAACAUGGCACCAGCCACCCCUGCAUUUGCAAGGAGCCAGAUAUUAUUUUUGUCAGUAGAGGUGUUUGGGGAAUAUUAUUUUAGAUUUAGACCUCUACACUUCACCUAAUGCUGCAGUUCACAGCAGAUUAAGUUGGCAUAAGCUUGUGCUGCUGUUGAAGAAGCUCUUCCUACCCACCAGAGAAGUAUCCCAGGUUAUGCCUAAAGCAUGUUGCCUGCUGGGUUUGUACCUCUGCUCUUUCAUGUGGCAGGCAUGAUAAUACUGCCUUUAUCCCACCCUGUCUUGGCUGGGGUCUCAUUAAGAUCUGAUAAGACCUGCUGCCUACAUUGUUCUUCCUUUUUUUCCUACCAGUCUUGUUUCAGAGAAUAUAAAGUAAAUUUAAGUUCUUUUAAAAAUAUUUUUUCUGGAUUAUUAUUUUUAGAACCAGAGCAUUUCCUCUUUAACUUCAGUGUAAAAUUGCUGAGCUUUUAAUUUGCUCUGCAUUGCACUUUAUAUAUAUUUUCACUUGUUGGGCCGUGUAUUUUUGAUAAAUUAAACAAUAAAGGUUUUGUUAAUCUUGAUUUAACUAGAAAUUAACCAUGAAAGUAAAAUGUUUUUAUAAAAUUGCAAAGUCCAUAACAUGCAGCAAAUAAUAUGUUAAGAUCAGAGACAUUUUUAAUGAUACAUUGAGAAAUACUGUACCUCUGAAAUUUAUUACCAUUUGGUAAAUUCAGUACAUUAAUGGAUAUCAUGAUUUAAAACGGAAUAUGAAUAAGCAGGAGACAAAGUUUUAGACAUUGAGUUUGCUUGUACGCAAAACCUGAAUUAGUUUAAUUGAUAGGAGUUUUAAAAAAAAAUCAGCCUAAUGCAGUUUAAAGAUGUGUGGAACUAUUUAAUAGGCAAGUUUAAAAAGAAAAAAGCUCACAGAAAAGUUGAAAUUAGUUUAACUUAACCACCAAAGAGCUGUGUUCUCCACUGUGCUAAGGCAGUGCUGUCUAGUGGGUGCCUGUGAAGCCCCUGAGUAGCCCUGCAGGGGCUGAACUCGUGCAAGUACAAGGCACCAGCAGAAGCCGUGUGCGAGUAUGGAUUUUCCUGCUUUAAACAGCAGCGCUCCAAGCUGUUACACUUACAGGCCCACUGCCAGGUUGGCAGUGGUACUUCCAUUUGGUUUUUCCUGCCUUCAUCUGCACUAAUUUUGGGAACUAGUAUCCUAAAGACAAUCCUUUUGUUCCUAAAUGAGCUAAUGAAGAACUCAUCUUCCCUCUGUUUUUGGUGUUAAACUUACAGCCCUAAUACUACUGCAUGUAGUUUAUCUUAAGAAUUUGUAGAUACCAGUUUCAGUGCUUUAAACAAAGAGCAGCUACUUUUCCUCAGCACAGAAUCCCUUCAAAUCUUGUGGAGUACCUUGAAAAAUAAAGACCUUUUUGACUUUUACCUCGUACCAAACUCUUUUAUUCCAAAUCACGCCUAAAAAAGUGGGGAAAACAAAGCACAUGGUAGCGAAGGGAGGAGAGAGAGGCAGCAAUGCGAUACUUUCUUCCCAGCAUGAGCCCUUCCUGGGCUCCCCUCUCCCAGGUUGAUAAGUGUGUGUGCACAGACCAUGCACAGCUUGGAAGUCCUGUGAAAUCCCUGCAAAAGCUUUUAGUUGGCCACCUCCCAGAGUCCUCAGUUCCUUUUAAGAGACUUUCAGAUUUUCUGCUUUCUCACUUCUACAUCCAUACAUAAAAGUCAAAGCUGACUGCUGCUCCAAUAGCCUGGCUACAGUCUCACACUGAGCUGCAAAUACAUCAUCUUGCCAUUUUUUAUCAAGCUGCAGUUCUACCUGCAAAGGAUGGGCAUGAUCCAGGUAUUUCUGCAUGCUGUAAAGCUGUUGUGUCCUUUCAUGGACCACUGGGAGUCCCUGGAGGGAGGCAAGUGCACUGCCAGUGGUGUGCAAGCUUUGUGCGUGACAUGGGCGAGCACCUGAUACCUGUGCUGAAGAGAAAGCAUAGGCUGAUAUCCCCUGUGCAUCCUACCACGGAGAUGAGGCCUGCACAGCACUGCUCGGGUCUUGGAAUUACAGGGAAAAUUAAGCUUAAAACCUUUGUAUCAGCACAGUGUGUCUCCGAAAACUCUGUGUUCGGCUGAGGAGCAAGAGCAGUGACAGGCCUCCAGGGUGGUGCUCUGUCAGGCAGCACAAAUAACAGCUCUGUUGCCUGACUGGUUGUUGUAUUUCCUUGGAUGUUUGAAGGAAGGCUUAGAAGAGAAGAUGUUGUGUGUAGAUGCUACUCCUUUGCAGUCUGGUUGGAUUCUGCCCUCUGGGGGCAGCCUGUGGGCCAGCACAGCACAUUUAGAUAAGGUGCUUCCAUGCACUCGAACAUAGCAAAAAAAAAUGGUUUUUAUAAGAAGCAGCCGCUUUUUCUUUUCUGUUUCUUAAAAAAAACCCAAAAAACCCCAAAAAAAACCCAGAACAAAAUGCCACAGUUCAGGCCUUUGCCAGACUCCCACUGUCUCCCUUUAGCACUGAAAGCUGGGGAGAACUCCAGAAUUCAGAGGACCUUGGCCAUAACUCAUCAAAAAGCCCCUGCAAUCUAUUGCUGCUGAAAAUGUUUUAGUGCUAGAUCAAAACCACACAGACUUGGGCUCUCUAAAAUUCCUCUUAAGAAUUUUGCUGUUACUUCAUAUGAAAAAACCUGUUAAAAUCUUUGUGUCUGCAUCUGAGUCAGUUCUGCCUGCUGAUCCAAGAGCAUUGCAGUAGACUUCAAAUAUCUAGGGAGUCAUUCUCAGUACAAGUCAGGACACUCCAAACAUUUCAGAUGUUUUUCUUACAUUAAAAACAUUGACAAAACAAGCAAUGUGUCUAUUAAUGCCUAAAAGUUAAUGAAAAUAAUUGAGUUAAAAUACUGAGAUGUAUCUGCUUGCACUCGAAACUUUAAAGAAAGACUACUGAAUUCUUGAUUUGCUAAGCACGAGCUCCUGAGUUUUAAUAAUGCACUAAACGAGCUUUGGACAGAGUAACAUUUUACAAAAAUCAAGAAAGAUUUUUUUUUUCCUCAAGUAAUUCAGGUAAUGAAUAAUUUGUUUCUGGUCACUGGGUUUUAGAAUGAGUAAAUCUCAUCCUCUCUCACUUCUAAUAUUUAUUGUUUAUAUGGAAAAAAGUCUUUACUACUUUUUCAUUUCCCAGUGAAUGAUCAGUUUGCUAGCUACAGACAAUGUUUCUUGACUUUAGAUUGCAGAAUAUGCUUUGAUAAUUUUACUUUUCUCCAUGUGAAUCCUGGUUCUCUGAUUAUUAGUUUUUUCUAGCUUCAAAAAUGCUUUUGUGCGAUUUCCAUUGAUAAGGUUGAAUAAAACUUGCAAGAAAAAAAUCUAAGUCAAUUCCCAAGUAAAAAUUAAGUACAUGAAACAACCAUGAAGAUAAAGUAUCAUGAGAAAAGUCAGUUCAUUGCUGAAUUAAAUAUUUAUAGAACAUGUUGAUUAGCAAAGAGCAGUCAUCUUUGUUAAAGUUACAUUUAGUAGAAAACCACUGUGUUUUAGUAAGUGUCACAAGUGACAAAGCAAUUUUUCUCCAGAAAAAGUGCAAAUGGAAAACAACAUUUAAAUAGAUCAUUUAAACCAAGAUUUUCUCCUUCUAUUUAAGCCCCUCCUGCCUGGUACAUUACUGUUAUGUUCAGGGAUGUUCAGGACAACAGACAUUCCUCAUGGGAAGCAGCUAGGUUCCAAAGUGUCAACUGAAUAAAUGGGAAGUGAGCAAACUCAUAGGACUUUCUAAAUACUAGCUCAGGUAUU